CUUAGAAAGCAAAAAGUUUUCGUUGUUCGUUUCUUCCUGAUCAUUUUGGAUUCGAGGUUUUGUUGAAGGAAGUGCACCAUGUUCAGGGGUUCACCUUAUAGGAAUCAAAGAUCCAAAGGGUUGAAGGUGAAGCAUGCUCUGCAAAUAUGUCUUCUGACUGCCAUUUGCAUUUGGCUGCUUUACCAAGUUAGGCACUCGAGUGAGAAGAAAGCCGAGUACGAGAAAUCGGCGACCCAAGUCAUAAAGUUGGGGAGAAAGGACCUUCCUCAACCAGAGAAAACGAUUAUUAAGGAUGUGCGGAUCAAGGAGGAAGACGAGGAAGGAAGCAAGAUUGGAGAAGAAGAUAACAAGCUUGAGGAAACUGAAACUGAAGGAAGAGGGAAUGCAGAUGAUGAUGUGAUGGGUGAGCACGAUGAUGUGAAACCGGAAGAGGAAACCAAGCACACCGAAACUACUACAGACGGCGAGAAGGAAAAUGAAGAAAUCCGGAACACUGAAGUUGAAGAAAAGGAAAGCGGAGACCUGGAGAGUGAAAAGACUAAAGAGAAUGUUGGUGAAGAUAAGGGGUUAGAAGAGAGUAAAGAGGACAGUGAAAACAAGGUGAGUGAAGUCAAUACAGAGGACACCGAGGAGAGUCGAGAGAAGGAAAAUACACAUAUCGGGAAAGAGAGCGUCCCAACGGAAAGCCGCAAGAAAGAGACUGAGAAGAGUGGAGGUGAGAUGGAAAAUGUUGGUACAUCAGAUGAUCGGGUCCAUGACGGAGUUGAAAGGAGCAAUGAAGAAGCAAGAGAAGAACUUUACAAGGGGGAUGAUGCUUCAAGCGAGGUAAGCCAUGAUAGCCAACAUGUAUCAGUUGAGAAUGAGUCAGGUGGUUCAGAAAAUUCCAAGGAGUUGGAGCAGUUAAAAGACAAUGGUAAAAAUGAGUUUGACCAGGAGAAAGGAUCGAAUAGCCGUGAAGCAGCCAGUGUCCAUCAUAACGAGUCGAAUGUGCAGGAGAAUGAAACAACUGAGAACAAUCAAGGGAGUGGUAAUGAGAGCACCGAGGCUUCAGUGACGGAUACAAACUCAAAUGGGAACCAGAAUUGUACAGAGGCAACAUCCGAUUCAACUCGGAAUGAAAAUGAUCAGCAAUUGGAGAAAUCCGCCUCAGUUGGCAAUGGCGAGAGGUUAGAUUUAAAUGCAAUUUCCACUUUGACUGAGCACGUGAAUGGAGCUAAUGGAGGUUCUGCAAGCUCUACCGGUAACUCUGAAUCUGUUGAAUCAAAUGGGAAGACUGAGAACUCUGAUGCAUGGACAGGAUCAGACAGCAAUUCUUCAUCUUCAGUUACAAGCCAAAAUGACAAAGUUCAGACUGACGAAUCCAACAAUAAUUCUGGAGUAGAGGGUACACGGGAAAAACUUAUUUCCUUAAACACAAUUGAUAAUUCAAAUGCUGGCCAGAAUGAAGGAGUUCAUUCUUCUGAUUCUUCAAUUGCCGAAGAGAAGACAACAUCCUCGAACACUAAUGAUAAUGCUGGUGCUGCACAGAGUGAGAAUGAGAGUGGUGGCGAUACCAACAAUGAUGCAAAUGUAAAUGGGAGAGACAGCAGCACUGACAAUCAGAGCAACACUAACGACAUUGCAAAUGCAAAUGAAGAUGCUAUUGAAAAGGACAACAAUAAUUCAAAUUUAAAUGAAAAUGCUGUUCAGAACAAGAAGACGAAGAAUGCAGGUCAGAAUGAGAAUAAUGCUUCCCAGAGCAACAAUGAGAAAGCAAGUCAGAAUGAGAGCAACGAUACUGUUCUGCGCAAUAACAACAACAACGAGAAUGCUGGGCAAAAUGAGAACAAUGCUGCUCAGAGCGUUGCCGACAACCAGAAUGUUGGUCAGAAUGAGAAUAAUGCUUCCCAGAGCAACAACAAUAACAAUGAGAAUGCAAGUCGGAAUGAGAAUAAUGCUUCCCAGAACUACAACAGCAAUAACAGUGAGAAUGCAAGUCAGAAUGAGAACAACGCUGUUCAAAUAGCCACCAACAACGAGCAUGCAGGUAUGGAUGGGAACAAUGCUUCCCAGAGCUGCAACAACAGUGAGAAUGCAAGACAGAAUGAGAACAACAAUACUGUUGAAAACGAUAUCCACGAUAAGAAUGCAGGUAAGAAUGAGAACAAUGCUGCUCAGAGCAUUACUCACAAAGAAAAUAAAGGUCAGACUGAGAAUAAUGCCUCCCAAAACUUGAACAACAACAACAACAACAGCAACAACAAUGUAAACGCAAGCCAGAAUAAGAACAAUGAUACUGCUCAGGGAAACACAAACAACCAAGAAACCACAAGUCAGAAUGAGACUAAUAGGGCUCGGACCCACAAUAAUGAAAAUGCAGGUCAGAAUGAAAACAACAAUUCUGCUCAAAGCGCAACCAACAACAGUGGGAAUUCAGAUGAGAAUGAGAACAAUAAUGUUUCACAGACCCACAAGGACAACAAUGCAAGUGACAAUUUUAGGACUUUGCCAGGUACCAGAACAGGGGGAAAUGAUGGUGAGAACGUAGCUGCAGAGUGAAAAUGAUGGAUCUGUUGUUCACUAUAUGACUAUUAUAGCCAUCAAAGUUUUGUUUUCUUCUUACUGAGAUGAAAAGGCAAUUAUGAGUUCCUGGCUAUUUGUGCUUUAAUGUGAUAUUAGUACUGAAAGUGUUUGUUUUGUGCUUCUACUUCUAAUGAUAAC